AUGGAUAAGAAAAACCAAACAUGUAUCACUGAGAUUCAUCUUCUUGGAUUUCAGAAUCUGAAUGACUGGAAAAUAUUUUGCUUUACUAUGCUUUUUAUAGUUUACUGUGUGGCAAUUAGUGGGAAUCUCCUCAUUAUCGCAAUGGUGGCCUUCUGUAAGAACCUACAUUCCCCCAUGUAUAUGUUCCUUGUACAACUCUCUGUAUGUGAUGUUUUACUGACCACAGACAUCCUCCCAAACACACUUGCCAGUAUUCUUAGUGAUGGGGCAGUUAUGUCAUUUUCUGGUUGUAUAGCCCAGUUUUAUAUAUUUGGUGGCUCUGAAUCAUCAGAGUGCUUCAUAUUAACAGUGAUGGCCUAUGACAGGUACCUAGCCAUUUGUAACCCCCUCCGAUAUUCUUCCAUUAUGGACGUGACCUUUUUUGUGAAAUUAUCUAUUCUCUCCUGGAUUUUGGGAUUUUCUAUUACAUUGGUGACAACACUAAACAUAUUUACAUUAGAUUUCUGUGGACCAAAUAUCAUUGAUCACUUAUUUUGUGAUUUUGCUCCUAUUUUGCAACUGUCUUGUUCAGAAACAUCCACAGUUAAAAUGGAGGUGGUCCUGUUGAGUGUUUUUGUGAUGGUUUUGCCUUUGGUUUUAACUGGGAUAUCAUAUGGGUGGAUUGUCAAAGCUAUCCUAGGAAUGUCUUCCAAUAUUGACAAAUCAAAGGUCUUUUCAACUUGCAGUUCUCAUCUAACUGUGGUCUGCAUAUUUUAUGGGACAUUAAUUGUUAUUUAUAUGCUACCAACAAAAGGGUUGUCUCUAACUAUUAGCAAAAUGGUUUCUCUUCUAUAUACUGCAGUGACUCCAAUGAUGAAUCCUAUCAUAUACAGCUUGAGGAAUAAGGACAUCAAAUACCUUAUAAUUUCUUACACCACCAAGAAGCAUAGGUAA